GAUGACCGCAUGAGGGACCUAGUGACGGCUUCAGUUUCAGCUUCAGAUCAAAAAAGAAAAGAAUUCCACUCGAUCGACAGGAAAAAAAAAAUCAUCCAAUGAUAAAGAAAAAAUACUUUUUUACACUACAAAUCUCAACAAAUACCUUCCAAAACUCAUGAUAAACAGUAUUUUAAAUGUUAAAUAACAACCCAGUAAACAUUUGAUUUGAAUAGAUAAUUGAUAAAGCGAGUUUUGUAACCCCACAAAAUUGCAGCAGAAAACCAAAAACUGCUUUUGUCCAUGCCCAAAAAAUUGUGUGUGGUGUUCUGUCUUCUGUCUGUGGCUGUCUCAUUAUUUUUGUUGUGUAAAAACAAGUUUCAAUUUGCACCUUUAUAAAGUAUGUGUAGCUGGCUAAGCCAAAGCCUGUUCAUCUUAGCUCAAGUCCAAAUAAAACACAAUUUAAAAAGUGUUGUACAUCGAGUUGUAGUAUUUUUUGUAAUUUGUUGAAAUCGUCUCUAUUUUGUGGUGCAAAAUAAAUAGAAUAGAAAACAAAUGGAUUGAAUUUAUAUUAAAGCAACUAAAUUUUGCAAGUCGAAGACAUGGACACCGAACUACCCGUUCUUGCUGGAUUCUUGAACGUUCCAACUCAAUCGGGAUUCUCACUCAACCGGAUAUCGAAAAAGAAGAGCUGCCAACGUUACUGUCUUCUCUUCAAGGCCAGCCGUCAUGGUAUUGAACGUCUUGAAAUAUGUGAAUCCAAGGACGACAAGAAUCCGAAAAUCAUAACACUUGAAAAUUGCGUUAAAAUAACCCAGGAACCAGCUCCGGCCAAUCUAAUACAUAUUGUCAAAAUGACUGGUACAUUAACACUGAAUACAUUAACUGACGAAGAUCUGAAAGAAUGGUUAAAUGCUCUCCAAUCGGUUGCAUUUCGAGACAAAGGCGGUACACUCAGUCGAAGCACAGCUAUUGAAGAAGAUAACGACUUAUACUGCAGCUCCUACGGAGAUGGCCUCUUCAUCGUGAAACUUAUUCCAUCCGAAACAUCAAUACGUUGUAAUAUUGAACCAAAAUCAUACAUGUUACACUUAACUGCCACAGAACUUCAACUCAAAUCGGCCGAAGAUCUAAGUAAUAUCAUUGCCAAAUGGCCAUAUCGAUUUAUUCGAAAAUAUGGCUAUCGCGAUGGGAAGUUUACUUUCGAAGCUGGCAGAAAAUGCAACACCGGCGAAGGUGUCUUCACUUUAGAUCACACAAAUCCACAAGAAGUUUUUCGUUGUAUGUCUUCCAAGAUGAAGUCCAUGAAAAAGCUUAUAAGUGGAGAAAGUCUGAAUAGCAUUGACUGUGGGGAGAAUCAGUUGAGUGCUGCUCUGUCAAUGGAACCAGGCUCAAGAAGCCCAUUGCCACCAUCUCCACAAAAUCCGAAUGGUUGUGAAUUUGAAUUAAAUUCCACACACAGUGUCAUCUCAAUGCGUAAUUUCCUACCAUCUUCCGAUUCACUGAACAACACAUCCUUCAAUUCAAGUACUUCAUCCACACAAAACGUGAUAACAAAUUCAUCCACAAAAAGCAUUCCGAACAAACCGCCCAGAAAGCUGCUACCAUUAAAUGCAGACAAACCACAGACAUCACAACAAUCAUCCGCACCAUCCACACCGUCAUCGUUGUCAUUACAAUCAAAUGAACUGAAAACCAUGAUAAAUAACGCUCAACAGCAGCAGCAGCAGCAAAAUUGUGAUAAAUUCAAAGUAUUCCAAAACUAUGAACCAGUUUCAAUAACAACAUCCAACGAUCCAAACAGAACUGGUGGAUCGACUGUGAUUUUGAAGCCAUCAUCAUCGCCAGAUCUUUUAAAGAGUAUUGCAAGCGUUUCGUCCUCCCCUCCAGAUCUUCCCGUACGCAACGAAAGUGUUCAGCUUUUGAAAACAACCGAACGUGAUUACGAAAGUAUUGAAACCAUAACCGAUGCCUGGAAAACUCUCGGACUUGGCGAAGUUAAACACACCGAACGAAACCACACUUCCGAAGACGACUUAAUUGAUUUCGCAUGGCAGAGAACUCAGUCGCAACGCCAUAAAAAUACAUCCAAAGACACCUGCACGAAAAUUAUCGACAUCGAUGAUAGUGAACCAGAAGCCGCAUAUGACCGACUGGAUUUCUUGUUGCCCAACAACAAUACAUCCAGUGGCUAUAAGACAAUAGUUACUGUGUCUUCAGCUUCAAAUAGGAAACCAGCCAGCAUUCCAGUGCCUAAUGAUUAUGAACUCAUCGGUAGUCCAGACACACAUCCAUGUCGGAUAGCCGAUGAUAGUUAUUUGGGAUAUGGGGUAUUGCGCAAGCCAAGCACUCCCGGACCGCAAGUCGCCAAUACGUCGCAAUCCAAAAUGGUAAAUGUCUCAACAACCAUGCUCAAUGAUACAGAAAUGGCCUUAGAUCAUAAAAAUUACAAUGGACUUAGUUACACAAUUGUCAGCAAACCGAAACGCGUUUGAAAUUCAUUGCAUUGUUUAGAGAAUUUGCGUUCUUAAUUAAAAAAAUUACAAUCUUUCGCUUUUUUUACAAAAAAUUGUCUGUUAAUAUUUUUAAAAUUAAACCAAAGAACGCUUAAAAAUUUUUAUUUUUCAUAUCAUAAUUUUUUCGAUAAAUAUAUUUGGUUCGGAAUUGAGUAUAGUUCUCGUUUGCCAUAAUUUUUUUUUUUACUCAAUCCUUAAUUAAGUUUUAUUUUAAAAU